AUGACUUCUUCCCUUAAAAACGUCAAGAAAGCGACGCUACUAAGCCUCCUCGUUACCUUACUGAUCGUCUAUGGCACCGUGGCUAACCCGAUCGGUAGCAGCCAGGUUUGCCCGUCUUCCCCCCUCACACUUUUCGGUCAAGACACCAGCACCCUCCCUCAGGCUGCGCACCAGGCCCCAGAAACCAACCAGACGUGCCCGUCGGGCGACCGAGUACAGAGCCACUGGCCGACGAGCCGCUCCGCCACGUGCCCCUGGCGCUACGAGACGGACUACGACGCCGAUCGGUUCCCGUCAACCUUGACUCAGGCCGUGUGCAGCUGUGCACAGGAAGGGUGCUUGAAUCCCUACACGAACGAGCCCGAGCCCGACUUGGAGUGCACCCCUGUAAUGUACAGCGUGCCGGUGAUGCGUCGUCGGGACUGCGUAGACGGCGUUGCUGACGUGUACCAAGAUGUCGAGAGCGUCACUGUAGCGUGUGUCUGCUUGCGUCCCGUGUCACACGCCAUACGUGCUCCAGGUAUAAUUGGAUUAACAGAUUGA